UGAAAAUCAUAUCAUCUCAACUUGAGAUAAGCAAAGUUAAAAAACAAAAACUUCAAAAUGGUUUUUAAAAUGUAUUUAAAUUUACUAAUCCUUGCUAUUACAGCAACUAAUUAUGUUUCCACCCGAUCUAUGGGCUCAAUGCCAGGCAUGGAACUCGACGUGAACAUGCCGAUGGACAUGAUGUCAAAUGUAUUGGGUGGUAGCGCAUUUGCUGGUUCAAACGCAGAUACAGAGAAUGAAGGUAGUGAAGCAGCUUCCAAUGCCGAAUCCACAGCAGGUGCCAAUGCAGAGGCAACGACUUAUGAAGAACCCGAUGGAGAGGAUGAUGGGUUAACUUAUGGAAAUGAUGAAUCAGAUGCUGACGCAAAAGCAACAGCAGAAUCAGCAGCUAAAGCCGGCUCUGACAAUGGUAGCGGUAACAACGGAGGAAACGGUUAUGGCAACAAUGGAGGAUCAAGCUCAGCAACAUCAUCGUCCUCAGCAUCAGGUUCAUCAACUUCAGAGGGAUCUGACAACGGUAGCGGUAACAACGGAGGAAACGGUUAUAACAACAAUGGUAACAAUGGAGGAUCAAGCUCAGCAACAUCAUCAUCAUCAGCAUCAGGUUCAUCAACUUCAGAGGGAUCUGACAACGGUAGCGGUAACAACGGAGGAAACGGUUAUAACAACAAUGGUAACAAUGGAGGAUCAAGCUCAGCAACAUCAUCAUCAUCAGCAUCAGGUUCAUCAACUUCAGAGGGAUCUGACAACGGUAGCGGUAACAACGCAGGAAACGGUUAUAACAACAAUGGUAACAAUGGAGGAUCAAGCUCAGCAACAUCAUCAUCAUCAGCAUCAAGUUCAUCAACUUCAGAGGGAUCUGACAACGGUAGCGGUAACAACGGAGGAAACGGUUAUAACAACAAUGUUAACAAUGGAGGAUCAAGCUCAGCAACAUCAUCAUCAUCAGCAUCAGGUUCAUCAACUUCAGAGGGAUCUGACAACGGUAGCGGUAACAACGGAGGAAACGGUUAUAACAACAAUGGUAACAAGGGAGGAUCAAGCUCAGCAACAUCAUCAUCAUCAGCAUUCAGUGCAGCAGCUUCAUCAGCAGCAGCAGCAUCAGGUUCAUCAGCUUCAAACGGUAGCGACAACAACGGAGGCAACAACGGUAACAAUGGAUCAUCAAGUGCAGCAGCUUCAUCAGCAGCAGCAGCAUCAGGUGCAUCAGCUUCAAACGGUAGCGACAACAACGGAGGCAACAACGGUAACAAUGGAUCAUCGAGUGCAGCAGCUUCAUCAGCAGCAGCAGCAUCAGGUUCAUCAGCUUCACACGGCAGCGACAACAACGGAGGCAACAACGGUAACAAUGGAUCAUCAAGUGCAGCAGCUUCAUCAGCAGCAGCAUCAUCAGAUGCAUCAGCUUCAAACGGUAGCGACAACAACGGAGGCAACAACGGUAACAAUGGAUCAUCAAGUGCAGCAGCUUCAUCAGCAGCAGCAGCAUCAGGUGCAUCAGCUUCAAACGGUAGCGACAACAACGGAGGCAACAACGGUAACAAUGGAUCAUCGAGUGCAGCAGCUUCAUCAGCAGCAGCAGCAUCAGGUUCAUCAGCUUCACACGGCAGCGACAACAACGGAGGCAACAACGGUAACAAUGGAUCAUCAAGUGCAGCAGCUUCAUCAGCAGCAGCAUCAUCAGGUUCAUCAGCUUCAAACGGUAGCGACAACAACGGAGGCAACAACGGUAACAAUGGAUCAUCAAGUGCAGCAGCUUCAUCAGCAGCAGCAGCAUCAGGUUCAUCAGCUUCAAACGGUAGCGACAACAACGGAGGCCACAACCGGUAA